AGGUGAAGGGUGUCGCCGGUCUUUAAUGGACAUUAUUUGUUUUCCGCCAGGGAGAGGCAUUUAUUCCAGUAUCAUAGAAAACAACCUGAUAAUAAAUACAAGAAGCUGAAGUUCAAAGUUUGUCUAAGGGAACUUGGCUUUGUCAAGAUUAAACUCAGUGUUGUACUAUUAUUUAUGAACGUAUUUUUAGAAAGUACUUAUCACAGCAAUACUGAGAAAUUGAACUGGGUUUGUGUGCCAAAUCGAAAUGAGUGUUUAAUACGUAGGGGUUAAGGGUUCAGUUUCCGUUAUUUAAGCGGAGUUUGGGGUUCCAUACAUGGUUGAGAAAACCGACCUAGUGCAAAAGCAAGAGGGGCAACACUUUACUUACCUGUCCCUGCCAGUAUAAGGUGAAGGAGCUCUCCUGCAUCACGUAGCAUAAGUGGUACCACACCUCAGGAUAUAUCUCCCACGGCAGCUUGACACGCUGCACCCCUUGUGGGAACCAGCCGUACACAACCGCCCCAUUCUGACCUGGUUAGGUUUGGUUGAGGACUGGAUCACAGCUGACUCACCAGUGGAUAUGUAGUCCACCGAGUUGUCGCUGACCGCGUAGGACACAUGCACGGAAGUUUCCCCGAACACCUCCAGCCUGUGGAAGACGGAGACAUCACGGUCUUGACUCACAAAGGUAACGUGGUAGCCGUGUGGUGUGUGGUGACGUGUAACAAGAUUCAUCCACCGGUUAAGUUGGUUUUGAGCAGCGUGUUCGUCACCACCUUUCUCAUGUGCUUGGUAGUGAUGCCGUUCGCGGCGCAGGUGUCGUUGUCGAAGUUGCUGUGUGAGCCCAGUAGAAUUCCGUUGGCCGUCAGUAUGUCGUUUGGCUUGCUGUACACCACCCUCGCCGAGAUGGAACUGUUCUACAUAUCGGCUGUCGCCUUUCUCAGGGCGGUGGCGGUGUGGUCGCCACACAGACGUUCAAUAGGAAUGAAGAUGGCUGUAGGCAUCGUCGUCAGCGUCUUCCUCUACUCCAUAACAACAACCUUGGGACUGCUGGGCCCCAUCUGGAUGAGAUUUGUAAAGGAGAAGAGCACGGCGGGGAUGGUGGUCGGUUUAGUGUACACGUUCCUCCACACGCUCCUGCCCGUCCUCCUCACUAUGGCCUGUUACUGCUCAAUGAUGCUUGCCGUAUGCCGGAACAAACGUCGUCUGGCUGCGCACAGUCAACACAGCACCAACAGUGUCAGAGUUAUUGACGAGGCUACGCGAGCCAUGAUGGCGGUGUUCGUUACUAACCUCCUCUUGGCUCUCCCUCACUCAGUGUUUCACCUUUUUUAUGAUCUGCCGUUCACAACCUACGUCAUCAUCCAUGUGCUGUUCUUCUCUCAUUUCCUGGUGGACCCGAUGGUGUUUAUUUGGUUCAAUGGCGGACACCGCCAGAGAGUGUGGGGGAAGGUCCUUGUGGGCCUCGAGAGAGUGAGAUGUUGGUAUUCCUCUUCCACUGCUGCCUCCAUUUCCACCUCCACCUCCACCCUCGCCACCGUAGGCACACCCGCUUCAUCCACUGACGACGCCAAGAACCACAACCAAAUCCAUGCCAGAAGUCAACCUGUAUAGUUGUGAGAACUUUCAUAAAUCCAUGGCAGAAGUGAGGUGUGGGAACACUGAAUAUUCUUGAGUGGACAAGUCUUUGGCUAAUAUACGUGACUUGUGAUAUCAUAGGAUAAGUUUAGUGGUUAUAUUUGGUGUCUUAACAGUGUACAAGCCCGCAUAAAUUUCUUGAAAAAUUUGGUUGUAUGAAUGGAAAUUUACAGAACUUGGAACUCACUUUUUUUUUAAUUCAUUCAUCAUUCAUCUUGUUUCACUUAUUCUAUUGUUUUCACUCACUAUAAACACACGGGAUCAUCCUUACUCCUUCAUGAAUUUGUUAAUAUUUAGGGAGGAAAUUAUAAUCUAGAUUAUUUAUACAUUAUAUCCAGCAUAUGCAAAUAAAACUUUCCUUUUUUA